CAAACACAAAAAGCUCUGUACACACAGACUUCUCUGUAAGAAAACCAAAAAAAGAUUUGUAAUGACAUGAAAAAAAAAUCAGACCUUUAAAAUUAUCCAUCCCACGUCCCCCACUUCCCUUCUCCACCGCCCAUUUCCUCCUCCCCCACUUUCCACCGACAGUAUGCCGCCGUCACCGUCGCCGAUAACCACAGCCUUCCAUACUUUCCUCCUCCCCUUUUUCCUCUUCUUCCUCCUCCUCACAUCCUCCACCACCACCACCACCACCGCAACCGCCCAGGAACCAGAUCUCGACGCCGACUGCACCAACAGAUGGAUCCACAUCCGCCACCUCCCGACCCAAUUCAAUCUCGACCUUUUAAAAAACUGCUCCGAAUACCCUGUUUUCGACAAUUUCUGCCCGUACCUCUCAAACCACGGCCUUGGCCAGAAAACCCACAACAACUCCCACAGUUGGUACCGUACGGACCCUUAUAUGCUUGAAUUAAUCUUCCAUCGCCGUAUGUUAGAAUACCCCUGUAUCACCCCUGAUCCCACCAUAGCUAAUGCUGUUUUCCUCCCUUACUAUGGCGGCAUUGAUAGCCUCAAAUACCUUUACGGCCCUGAAGUCAACUCCAGCUUCGAACACGGCCUUGAUUUGUAUCGUUACUUAGCUCAUCAGGAUUCGCCUGGCAUAUGGCAAAGGAAUUUCGGCCACGACCAUUUUUUGGUCAUUGCUAGAUCUUCCUGGGACAUUAACCAGCCUCUGUCGAAUGAUCCGCCAAUUUAUGGUACAUCGUUUCUUGAAUUGCCUGAAUUUUAUAAUGUCACGGUGUUAACGUUUGAGGGCAGAGCUUAUCCGUGGCAGGAAAUGGCGAUUCCGUAUCCAACUUCUUUUCAUCCUCCGAAUUUAGCGUAUUUUGAGGCGUGGAUGAAUAGGUUGAGGAAGAGUAGGAGGACUAAUUUAGCAUUGUUUGCUGGUGGGGGUGGAUUUUCUGCAAAUCCCAAUAUCAGGAGGAGUAUUAGGCUUGAAUGUGACAAUAGUACUAGUAUGAAUUUGAAUGGUACUAGUACUAGUAGGUAUACUAAGUUGUGUGAGUUUGUUGAUUGCUCGAACGGGAUCUGCGAGCAUGAUCCAAUCAGGUUCAUGAAGCCAAUGUUGCAGACAACUUUUUGUUUGCAGCCUCCUGGUGACACCCCGGCUAGGAGAUCGACAUUCGAUUCGAUCCUCGCCGGUUGUAUACCAGUGUUCUUCGAGGAACUGUCUGCGAAGAAACAGUAUCGAUGGCAUUUGCCAGAGGAGAAGUAUGAGGAGUUCUCUGUUUUCAUACCCAAGGAGGAAGUUGUGUUCAAAGGGUUGAGAAUUUUGGAUGUGCUGAUGAGUAUUCCGAGGGCUGAAGUGAGGAGGAUGAGGGAAAAAUUACUGGAAAUGUUGCCUAGAGUAAUGUACAGGAAACAUGGGAGCUCAAUUGGUUUGAGAACCAGAAAGGAUGCAUUCGAUAUAGCAGUUGACGGCACUUUGGAAAGGAUCAAGUCCAGAUUGCACCAAAUGGAUUGAUUCAUUGUUGUAACCUUCUUUUUUUUUUUUUUAAUAGCUUCAGAGCAGUUUUGGUUAUUUUUAUACUUGGUAAUUAUUGUUUAGAUAUCAAACCAAACCCAGAUAUGUAUUUUGUAAAGGAUAUAGAGAUGUAGCAUUAGUAGUAUUUAUUACCAGGAAGCAUAUGGUUCUGCUCAUACUUCCUGAGAGCAGGUUGUGUUAUUACACGGUGUAACAAUAGAAUCAGAGAGGAAAUCCAUUUUUUACUUUUUUCCGCCGUUUGUUGCUCUUCUUGUC